AUGGAAAGUGUCAGAACAGGAACAAGACUUGCCUACUCAGAAUGUCAGUAUCAGUUUCGUCAUCGAAGAUGGAACUGUACAAUGAUUAAUCCAAAAACUUAUGAGGUAUUCGGUGAGGCAAUUCUUAAAAAAGGUACACAGGAAGCAGCAUUUGUUCAUGCAAUCACAGCGGCUGGAGUCGCCUAUCAGCUGACGACGGAUUGCUCAAAGGGUUUGAUCAGUAUAUGUGGUUGUGAUCAGACAGCGCAAAUGAAUAACAAUGAUCCCAAAAAAUACGUCUUUAGUGGUUGUUCAGAUAAUGUUCGUUAUGGAACCCUAUCGUCCAAAGAAUUUGUUGACGCCGGUGAUCGUGGAAAGCAUAAGAACAACAGUGUACAACGUGCAAUGAAUUUACAUAAUAAUAAUGCCGGUCGUGAGGUAUUAAUCCAAAAUAUUGAAGAAAAAUGUAAGUGUCAUGGAAUGAGCGGUUCAUGCAACAUGAAAACUUGUUAUAAAAAAAUGCCGUCUUUCAGGAAGGUUGGUGCUAUUCUAAAAGAAAAGUUCGAUGGAGCAACCGAAGUAAAUGUUGAACUUGAAGAAAGUAGGCCUGUAAUUACACGACGAGAUCUGCAGUUCAAAAAACAUACAAAAGCUGAUUUGGUAUACAGUGAUCCAUCGCCAGAUUUCUGUGAACCAGAUCCAGAAAAUGGUGUUCUUGGAACACACGGUCGACAGUGUAAUACCAGUUCACUGUUUCCUGAUGAAUGCAGUCAGCUGUGCUGCAAUCGGGGCUAUCGAACCUAUAAAAGGCGUAUACAACGGGAAUGCCACUGUAAAUUUGUAUAUUGUUGUCAUGUUGAAUGCGAAAUUUGUACAACUACAGUUAGUGAAGAAAUUUGCAACUAA